GUGAGGAAUAUGUUCAAAUAAGGUCACAGCACCGAUCUGAGGGCGACUCCUGGUCGAGGUAUAACAAUCUUCUCUCCUUCUGACAUCGUUCACUGACUCGUCCGUCUGAAGAGAACUCAACAGCAACGUCUGACAGCUUCUCCAACAAAGGAGAUGGCCGCCCGGAGCCGGAUCACGGUUCUGCUGCUGCUCUUCCUCCUGUCGACUGAACACAGUUUUGCUGUGGACCAGAACAAACUGGCCUCGCUGGUAAACGAACUCUUGAGCAAGUACCGUUUUAAUGGUAUGUUCAGUCUGGCCGUGAGUAUCCCGCUGAACCAGAACCAGGACCAGGACAAGAACCAGAACCAGGACGCUGACCGAAUCAUCCAGGAAGUCCUCAAUAGUGACCCUGCUGACGACGUGAAGAACAAGAUCAACAAGGGUGAAGUGUACGUUGGCAGCAGGAUGGUUGCAGCCACGAAUCUGACGGGGGAAAAUGGUGCUGAUCAUGCAGAGUCACGCGUUGUGGACAACUGGGACCAGUUGGUCAACAAUCCUCAAUUCAAUGAUCACGAUUUGUUGCUUUUCUAUGUUUUUGCCUCCCCAUGUGUUGAAAAAUGUUAUGGACACAGGGAAAACAUCCUUAGCAGGAUAAACAACAUUCGGCGUUGGAAAAGUUACGCAGUUGUGUUUUCUAAAAUAUUCAAGCCCAGAAAUAUUCUGGAGAACACAGACAAAGAGCGCAUUGAAGCCCUUAAGGAACUCGCAACGUACAAGGGUGGACGAGGUCCAAUUGGUCUAGAAAACAUCUUCCGCUGUGACAGAAAAACAAACAAACCGAGGCAGUGCGUCAGCUGCUCAAAUAACGAUCAGGUUGUUGACGAAUGUGUGUCAGACGAUCCGCCCUCUGCUAACAUGAAGUCAGGUACAGGUUGGGGCAGCAAUAAACAACGAGUAAGAAGGGACAUCAGUUCAAAUACAGGGGACAGCUCUUCUCAACAUAUCUCUGAGAGCAACAAGGGAGCUGAGGACGCCCCCUCAGUUGAUGGGAAUGGAAGUGAUGUUGCGACUGGUGAAGCUCCGUCACCCACCACAGGUGAAAGUGUCUCUCUGUCACCAAUGGGUUCUGAUGAUGGCAACGGAAGUGAUUUAAGGACGGCAGAGGACGUAUCGUCCCCACAAAUCGGCUUUGAUUCUGGAGAUGGAAAUGGAGAAGUGAGCAGAGGCAAAGGAAAAGUGAGCAAGGGCAAAGGAGGUAAAGGGAGAAGAGGGAAAGGGAGGAAAGGAAGAGGGAGAAGAGGGAGAAGAGGGAAAGGAAAGGGGAGAAGAGGGAAAGGGAGGAAAGGAAGAGGGAGAAGAGGGAGAAGAGGGAGAAGAGGGAGCAGGCGAGGGGGGAGGAGCAGAAGACGGGGUUUGGACCAGGAGUGGAUUUUUGUCUCCGAUUUUUGAGAAGCAAACAAAUGAACCUUUUCUGAACGACAGGACUGAGUCUGAGUUUAACGCAAUUAGCUUUUCUCACAUGAUCACAUGAUAAUGCUACGAUUAGCACGUUAGCUGUGCAGCUAACCAACGAGGCUUUGAGUUUUGAAGGAAUUAAAUGUAUUACUUUAGAAUUGUAUUACGGUUCUUUGAUUGUCUGUUAAUAGAUAAACUUCGAUAAUAUUAAAAGAUAAAUGUAUAAAGAUGGACGACAUGACAGCCACCAAAAGUGAAACCAACGCGCCUUGAUCGCCCCCUGGAGGCUGGCUGCUGUAUAGGUCACAAACUCCUCCUCCUCCUCCAUGU